AUACACAGUGUCCUUUUUAUUAUUUGUGCCGGAUGAAAAUAUAGGUUUUUAAUACACCAUGAUGUCUUCUUUUUUCCGCCUCUAACAGUUCACAUAGCGGCGCGAGUUUCGUACUCACUUGAAGAUGGCUACUUUUAAAGGAGCUGCUAGGGAGGCUCAAAGAGCUGCUCUGUUGAUGAAACAGCGUGAAAAGGAACGACAAGAACUGGAACUUCAGAAAAGAAAACUCGAGGCAGAGAUGCGUGUUGGUGAAAUGUCUACUAAGUUUGCUGUACAUUAUGAUGCCAUUGAAUAUCAAUUGAAGAAUAACACAAUUGGCUUGGUGACUUUAGAUGAAAUGAAAGCGCGACAAAAGGCUUAUCUGACACAAAGAGAGAAGGAAUUAGCUCUAGGAAACUCGAAAGGACUCUCACAUAAGUCAGAAAAUUCCACACUGGAAAAAAAGAAUAAACUUCAGCCUUCUUUGUUGUCUUUCGCUGAGGAAGAAGAUGUUGAGGACGAACUUAAGCCAUCUAUCUCCGCUGUGCAGAAUUCCGAGUCACCCGAGAAAACUGAACAAAAUCUCCAGUCAGAAGUUCUAACUGACGGCGAAAGUGCCGUUAAGUCUGAUAGUGAGUCUUGUACUAAACGAAGACGCUUGGGGAAAAAUCCAACCGUUGACACCAGUUUUCUACCGGAUAUUGACAGAGAUGAAGAAGAAAAACGCCUAAGAGAAGAACUUCGAAGGGAAUGGGUGGCAAAGCAAGCUGCGAUCAAAGAAGAGGAAAUAGUUAUCACGUACAGCUACUGGGAUGGAUCUGGACACCGCAAACAAGUUCGGAUGAAAAAGGGGCACUCCAUUCAUUUAUUUUUACAUCGUUGCGUAGAGCAACUCCGUAAAGACUUCUCUGAAUUAAAGUCUGCCAGUGCAGAUCAAAUGAUGUAUAUCAAAGAAGAUUUGAUUAUUCCUCAUCAUUAUACAUUUUAUGAUUUUAUUGUAACUAAGGCUCGUGGUAAAUCUGGACCAUUAUUCUGCUUUGAUGUUCACGACGAUGUUCGUAUCCGGAUGGAUGCAAAUGUAGAAAAAGAAGAAUCACAUGCUGGAAAAGUCUGUUUACGUAGCUGGUAUGAACGUAAUAAACACAUUUUCCCCGCUAGUCGAUGGGAACCGUAUGAUCCUGCAAAGAAUUGGGAUCAUUACACUGUAUCAGAUAAAAUGUCUGCAAAGAUUACUGUUAAAUGAAUUAUUUACUUUCUUUUCCUUUCAAACUUUCGACUAAGUGUACAAUAAUUUGGCUUAUUAUUUACAUUUCUUAUUUGUUGUAUAUAAUCAAAAUAACAUAAAAUCAAUAAUUUGCAAAAUAU